CGUCGCAGUCGAGCAACGACUCCUCCAUCACCUUCAUAGUCCCAUCUGGAAAUUCAUCGGUCUCUGCAACUCGGCGUUACGGUUGAUCCACUCUAAAUCAUUCAAUUCGGUUCUUAACUCCUUAUUUAAUGAGAUAUGGUAUCGUUCGACAUCCCUUUGUCUCCCCCUUCAUAAACCUUCAGUCCAACCAUAAUCGAAAACCUCAGUCGAAGAAUAUAAAGCUCUGGCCAUGAAACAUGCUCAGCCCUCUGGCAAGUCUCCUGCCGAACGGUGUGAUGUGAGGAUAUAGAGAGAGAGCAUAGAAGGCGCGAGAGUUAAUGAUUGUGGACAUGAUCCUGCUUGACGAGAAGGGACGAUCCAUGCCAGCCGCCUCAAUACUUUCAGGCGUCGUCUCAGUGAAGGUUAUGUGUAUUCGCUUAGUGGAUUUGAGGUCACACGGAGCAACAAUAAUUUCCCACUCUCUGACUCCCCAGUCUCCAUUCGUUUCAACGAUAGAACGUCCUUCGCAGAAACGACAAACUCGAAGAAGGAUAUUCCCACUGAGCUUUUUCGAUUCCGCAGCCACGAGCAGCUAUGAGCAUUGGCUAAUACGAACAGACAACUACCAUCUGAAGCGUGAACUGAUGUACCUAUCAAUUGUUAUUGGAACUGGGUGCAGCGGAUAUUGCUUACUAGCUUUAUCACCCCAUAGUGCAGUCAGUUAUGGAGUUGGAGUUCUUUUCAGGUUAGUGCUCUAUUUUAAUGGUUGAAGAAAAAUAUACCUCGAGAUUGUAAUUUAUAAGUUCUGCAACAUACUACCUCGUGCACAAAGAAAAUAUAUCAUAACAAUAAACCUAUGGUGGGAUCUUACGAGACCAAUCAGAGAAGAAGCAAACCUAAGAAGAGAAGAAGAAGGAGAAGAAGAAGAAAAAUACAAAGAAGUCGAUUAUGAUGAAAACAAAGAGCAUAGAGAAGAUGGAAGUAGUAGUGGAAGAGGAAGACGAUGAUGAUGGAAUUGAUUAGCAGCAACUGUGUUGCUUACAGACACUGAAGUUCUCAAUUGGGAAUAUGCAUUUGGUAAUUGCGAGGCCUAACUUUGUGAAGCUAAUAAAACCUUCAAAGGAUUUGGACGGUUUUACAAUGCCAACAACUAUCCCAAGAAAGCAAGCGUGAGGGAAGAAGUGUAAACUUUGUAUUAAUGUUUGACCUUUAUAUAAAUAGUCCGAGAAAGUUGUGCUUUUGUAGUUUCUAUCGUUUUUAGCAAGCUCUUAAUUUGUAUUCCUAAGUUUCUUCAUCUCUUCACUGAGUCUAAGCACAUUAUUAAUUUGUUAAAACAGCUAAAAACAAGGA